AUGCCCCUGAGUCCGAAGUCGCGGGAAACGCACCAUACCGUGCUGGAUGCCCUUGGGGGCUUCAGAUCAGAGCUGGCCGCAAAUCAGAAGUUAGUCCUCCGAAAGCUGGACGAUGAGCUGAACCGGAUCAAAAACUUAGCGGUGGCGAGCCCAGCCGCACCACUGAUCCCGUCAGAGCUUUUGGCGACGGACGUAGAGGAAUCCAUCUUGCCUGUGCCGGUCACUGUCCAGGGUGCCUUGGGACCAGCUGCUGCUUGGGGAAGUGAAGUGGAUAUCUCCUGCUCCAAGCUUCCAGGCACGAUGGAGCAGGAUGACGACGCUACCGUCCGCACCUUCGCCAGUUUGCCCACGGUGGCCAAAGAGCGCAAGAAGAACCUGCCAUGGAUACACAAGCACGAGGCAAGAUCUCUGCGAAAGACUUCAACUUCUGAGGACCCCGACGAGGGGCGCGUGUUUUCUCAACUGAAUGCGGCCCAUGCUACAGAUAUUGUGCGGAAGGCUGCGAUUGAGAAUUUCGGAUCACCGAAGUCCAAGUUGUCUCCAACCUGGUGGGAUCGAGUGGCUCGACAUCCCUUUUUCGAGCGCAUGUCGUUGUUCAUGAUCUACGUGAAUGCGGUGUGGAUUGCAGUUGACAUCGAGUUCAAUGAUUCAGCUGUGGUGUUUGAGGCCGCUCCUGUCUUUGUGACGAUGGAAAUAGUGUUCCUGGUCUACUUCACCAGUGAAUUUGUAGUACGUUACAUGGCUCAGCCGGGCUUCAGGCAUGCCAUCAGGGACUCAUGGUUGCUCUUUGAUUUCGUUUUGGUCGCCUUGAUGGUGCUCGAGACAUGGCUCGUCCCCGUAGUUGCUUUGAUGAUCGAGGGGUCGGGAGCUGGAGGAUCAUCAGCGGUUGGUCGAAGCGCCACCGUUCUCCGCAUUGCCCGCGUUCUUCGAGUGCUGCGCACGGCCCGGAUUAUGAGGGUAGCCCGGUAUAUGCCAGAGCUGAUGAUACUGGUCAAAGGUCUUGUCGUGGCGGCGCGUUCCGUCUUCUUCACUAUGGUGCUGCUGCUGUUGAUCACCUAUGUGUUCAGCAUCGCCUUUCUGCAGCUAAGUCAGGCUUAUAAUGAAGAAAUGCUGCAGACAUACUUUCCGACUAUGCCACAGUCAGUCUUGACGCUCAUUGUUUACUGUAUCAUGCCAGACCAGAAGGAGUUUUUCGAUGGCGUGACGGGGGACAAUGGAGAGCGCUGGUUUUUGGGUGCCUUAGUGAUCGUGUAUGUUCUGGUUGGCUCCCUCAUCGUCAUGAACAUGCUCGUGGGCAUACUGGUUGAGGCAGUGCAGACUGUGGCAACCAUGGAGCACGAGCAAAUUCAUGCACCCCGGUACAUGGCAUCGCAUCGUAGGUCAGUUUGUCCUGUGGAUGCAUGUGGCGAUCGCACAAAGGUGUUGUGGGAGAUGAUGAUGGAAGGGAAUGCAGAUCAAGAUGGGGACAACCGAAUCUCAGAAGACGAGUUUGUCAGGCUCCUGGAGCGACCAGAAGCUUCCGUGGCCCUCAUGCGCUUGGGUGUCGACACAUAUGCUGCGAUGGAGUACGGACAGCUUCUUUUCGAGGAUGGCCAGCCACUCACGUUUGGAGAGUUCAUGGACGCGAUACUGACCCUCCGUGGUUCCAAUCAGACGACAGUGAAAGAUGUCGUGAACUUACGCAAGUUCACCGCAGACGAGUUCUCGAGCUUGCACGCGGUCCUCCACGACCUUUGUGAGUUCUUAGCAGGCCGUGGUAUGACCACAAAUUUUGCGCGCCGGUUGUCGACAAACUCGAGAUCAAGGAUACGCCGCUUCGAUGAUGAAGUAUGA